AUGCGUUUGUCCCUACUUCCUUUUGCCUGCAGCCUGUAUCUAACUGCAAAUGCAUUCCGUCUCUACGGUAGCGGAAGUACAUGGUCCGACGUUCAGCCCGAGGCCUGCAUUAAAGCCCUGACAGCCGAAAUUGAUUGCAGCAAAUACGUCGCCUACUAUGGCUAUGGCUGGUUUCCAGUGCUCGUAGACGAUGAUGGCAAUGAUAUUACGCAUGAUAUGUGCACCAAGACCUGCUCCCGAUCACUGAAGACCUUCAAUACCGCGGUUCACCAGGAAUGCGAUCUUGAAAAUUUGAUCGCCCCUGGUGAUAAUAUUUGGCGAUCCUGGAAUUUGACUUGUGGCACGGAUACUGACACAAGAAGAUACUGCACUGAGAUCAUCGAUGAAUUUAUGCAUGAAUUAGGCCCUCGCGACAUCGUUCCCACCAAGGAUCUCUGUAGACCUUGUUAUAUCAGACACGUGAUUAACUUGGAUCUCGACCUGCCCACUUCUAGAUCUACUGGCUUUAGCCCUAGGGAGCAGCGCUACUUCAAAGAUUUGCGUGCACGCAUUUACAUGGAAUGUCCCAAGGAAGCCCUGGCAGAGACCUUUGCGCCAAUUUCUCAAGAAGGGGCAUCGAAUACAACGGAGUCUGCGCAAGAGACCUCGACAAUGAGCGAUAUAGGUUCAACUACUGCGACCACUGCGGCAACAAGGAGUACUGUCACCGUAACAUCUUCUCCGUCAACAGAACGUAACAGGGCUAAGAAGUUUGAGCCAGGAUACAUGUUCAGUUAUUGGGCUCUGGUGAUUAUGUUAUUCUGA